GAAUGCACGACAGGGCAAGGGGGAUUUCUUUAGAGAAGCGUCUUUAUCCUCAUUCCUGUUCUUUUCUUAUUGUUACUUUUUUUUAUCUAUUUUUUUUUUAUUUAUAUCUUUUUUUGAUUGUUAUAAAUAUUAUACAUUAUAUUCAACAGAUUUUGCCAAUAAAAAAAAAAAGAUUCAGCAACACUGACUGUGCUAAGCCAUACAACUGUAUCACCUAUGACGAAGGUUGACGACUGUGCCAUGGACCCAUUGAUGAAAUCGCAUCAGCAUUGGAUGGAUUUACCAAUGUUGGCUGCUGACGGACGGACUUCCAAGCCGUUUUUGGUCACCUCCAUUCCCACCCCCAAACCCACUGAUUUUCACUGUUCCAAUCAUAACGAUGCCUCUCAUGGGAUGGAAGACAAAGAUCCCUUACAAUGCCGUGUUCUUGCUGCUGAAAGUGAAGGUGUGGAUGCACAGGAGAAACAUGCCAUAGAAAAAGACGAACUUAUUCAACGAGCUACUACAAGGUUGCGCCGCCGUUUACUUGAAGAAGGCGUAGGCGAUGUUAUGCAAGAAAUCACCCGACUGCAGAACGAACUUGAAUUUCUACGCAUGGAUAUGACGGUCACCAUGGAUAAAAUUACGGAGAUGGAGCAUCAAAGCACCAAGAUGGAUAUCACGAAGCAAAAUCGCCAGUUGGAUGUCCUUGAGCGACGUUUCCAGGCUCACAAACAUCAGCUGGAUCGACUCACCGGCUCCACCCCAAUGGAAAAGAAUAGUGCGCAUGAGACCAUGCAGUCACAGGAAUCCUCGUUGUUAUCGCUUUCAGCUAUUUCCAUGUCCCGUCUGUCAUCGCUGUCGUUGGUGUCGUCCCUUUUCAGCCGAUCAGGUCACAGCAGCACUGGCACAAGCGUGAGCAGCUUCAACGACGAUCAGGACCCCAGCUCGGCCGAUGAUGUCAGUGUGCGUUCCUCAUGCUGCAAUAUUGACGCUACGAACGAUCCCGAGGAACAGCAACGACGAUCAAGACGUCGCACGCGUGUUAAGCAUCAUCGUCAGCGCUACCAGCGCCGCUUGCAAUCACAAGAUACCGCGUUCAUCGAGGAGUUGGCUUGGCAGAAUGUUCAUGAGAAAUGCAACCAGUACGAAAAUAUCAGACAAUUUCAACCAGAAUCCUUGCUUUACAGACCUUCAGAAUGCAAUGCCCAUUUUUAUGGCAACUAUCAGACGAAAUUUGGUGAAAAUGACCUGGAUGAAGACACCUAUUCCCUUCCCUCUGGCAUGAUGUCGCCUUUACCCACGAGGAUACCGCAGAAUUUUAUGGAUCCAGGCCGGCAGAAUGCUUACAACAGUGAUUCCUAUGGACGCUACUCCCAUGAUUCUGCAGCUUCCAGUGAAGCAUCCUUCCAUGUAUCUCUCGCAUCGGUCGCUUCUACGCUUUCGCUGCCUCAACGAUUGACAGAUAACCUCUUGUACGACCGUCGUUUAUUGCACCGUCAUCCUUUAUCUCCUUUUUCGCCACCGUUGAUGCCGUCGGAUGACUAUUUCCACCACGACGUGCCGCUGCCGACUGGACAACGUAACUUUUUGUAUACCGAGGAUCACAAGACACAGACUACGGACGAACCCGCUUCUCCAAAUGAUGUCCCCGCUUGUACCAUGAUAGUGCCGGAACGUAAUGUUCUCGAUGAUGCCCUAAGCUAUUUGAAUGGUUUAGACGAGAAUGAUUCAGACGAUGGUUUGCGCGAGGAUCUUUACAUGCUUCUACGUCAUCCAGAUUUGUCCCAACAACCAUGGCCAGAAGCGCAAAUGUAUCUGCAACAACAGGAGCCUUCCAUAGGCACACGCUCCGGGCUCCCACAUUGGCUAUGGAACUUGGCUUCUUCGGCGGUUCACACAGGUUGGCGAUGGUGCCGAUUUCUGAGUGUAUUGAUAUUGGCUGUUAUUAUCAGUGUUGUCCAAGGCCCUGAAGACGUGGGAAUGUCCCUUUGAACCCUUAUUAUGAUACCUUUCUUUCCUUUCUAUCCGCGAAACCCAGCUUUUUGUUUUGCUGAUGAUCUCUCUCUCUCUCUUUUUAUGAUGUUUCCUUCUUUAAUCCGUGUACAAAAUGCCCUAUCGAUCAGCCUCUAUGACUAAGGUAUCUGGUUUACUACAAGUAUGAUUAUAAUUAUUUUUACUUUUAUUUCCCUUGUUUCUCUAUGUAUCAUGUUUCUCUUUUUUUUUAUAUAUAUAUUCGUGUAUGUAUAAGUUUUUGCCUUCCCCUUUUCUUUGCUGCUUAGCUUUUUGUUCACG